AAAUGGUACCUCAGGUUAAGAACAGUUUCAGGUUAAGAAUGAACCUCCAGAACGAAUUAAGUUCUGUUACCGAGGUACCACUGUAAAGGGUGGUGCCCUGUCAUCUAUUUCAUCUAGUUACCCUCAGUUUGACUUCCGUUCAAUCUGACAUAGUAGCAGAGAGAUUAGUUUACUUCUAUACCCUGAAUAGUAAUCGGGAUGAAGGUUCCUUUGAGGUUUACAGUUCUUGGUUUUAUGUGGCAUCCAUACUUGGCAUUUCCCUGCCUUUUGACCAUUUUAAUUUGUUUUAUUUUGUCUUUUACAGGAAUCCCUCUUUAGUAGAAAGCCAGUUUCCAACCAGAAGAACUUCAUAGGCAACGACAGGGCUGCCAAUCAAUGGCCUUCAUGCAACAGCAUAUUUGAUAUUCCGGACCUUCUGAACUCUGACCCCCUGAUGAAUGGAAGUAGGAUUCUCAAGAGGAAGAAGGCAAUGGCAAAGUUGGGAAUUGACUCCAUGUCCAGUUCUGAUGAUGACCCCCUGUCCUUUUCAUUCAGAGAUUCUGAGGACAGUAGGAGGUCGAGCUGUGGCCAUCAUUCUGCGGAAGGUUUGCUCAACUGUGUGGUUGACAGAACUCAGGAGAACAUCUCUGACUGUGUCACAUCUGACAGUGGCCGGUUUUCACCCCAAGUUGAAGCAGAUCUCAUCUAUGAUGGAAUGGAAAGUUCUAGUAGUGGCUGGUCCGAUGGGAUUGUGCAGCAUGGAAGCAGCUGGGGCUUACUGCGGAAGUCAUUCUCUUAUGUAUCUGCUAUGACCAAUAUUGGCAGCGCUUUCUUUUCUGACCUGGAACUUCCUCCUGCUACUGUUUCCUCGCUUUCUACCCGGAUUGGGGUGCCCCGAAGACCUCAGGAAUGGCUCUUCCCUGCCAGGAUGCUCCCAGCUAUCUACAUAGCCAUCUUCUUGCUGCUUGCUGGCUGUUUCUCCAUCAAUAUCUUAUAUGGCUCCUCCUUCCUUGACCACACUGCCUUGAUGUGGCUCAUCUCCUCUGCCUUUGCUUUCGCCACAUCUUUCAUCUUUUUGGAGCCAAUGAAGGUGCUGUUUGGGGCUCUGCAUGCCGCUCUCAUCAGCAAGCCAGUGGAGAGCGAAGCUGAUGGGCUGGUGGAGAAGCCCUUGGUGAAGCAGAUGCCUGAACGAGUUGGGAAGGUGCGCGUGCCCUGUGGUUAUGGGCUGCUGCAGGCCAAGGAAGAGGCCAAGAAAGUCCGAGCUCUCAAAGGGUUGAUGUGGAACUGCCUCACUCAUAUGCUGUUCUUUCUGGUUGUGCUGACCAUCAAUUACCAGAGAUGCUUCCAUGACAGCAACGUCCACCUCCUGCAUGCUGCUGUCAAACAGGCCAUCUCUGUGACAAACGACAAAGGACUGAACUUCACUUCUGUGCGCAGCUACUCCGACACAUUGGAAUGGAUUGACACAGUGCUACUGAAAUACCUUUAUGGCAACACAAAGCUGACAAUAGUAGGAGUGCCUCAGCUGCAGCUACAAAGCUCCACCACAAGCCAAAUGAUGGAUCUAGGACUUCCCCGGCCUGGAAUUGCAUCUCAGAUAUACCACUUCAGUACUGCCAGCCGCCCCUGUCCUCUGUGCCACUUGUCUGGGUCCAGAUCAGAAGCUCCUAGGGAUACAAAUAAAAACGCAUGCCCUGACGCAACUGAGCACACUUCUAUUAGGUUUUGGAUCUGGGGUCAUGCAGGAUUUUACCAUGCGAAUGAUGGCUGCGCAAAGGAGCUUGGGAACACCUCUGCAGAAGCUCAGAGGAUAUUGCAUGACCUACAAGCAAGCAACUGGGUUCACAAAAGGACUAAAGCUCUACUUGUCGAGUUCACUCAGUACAAUGCUGAUGUCAAUCUGCAUGUGACUGUGAUGCUCCUGUUUGAGUUUCCAUCAGACAGGCCGGCAAUUGCUUCAAUGUCCAUAUUCCCCUUCCCAAUGUUAAAGUCAGGUGACAAUGUGGACCUUCGCCUUGUCAUGAUGAUAUGCCUGCUUCUCUUCAGUGGAGCUUUUGUCCUACCAAAGCUGUCCUUCACACCUCCGGAAAAGGCGCCAUGCCUGUGGCAGAACUACAGUCGCUUCCGGCUGCUCCUGGCCCUGAUUUCCAUCACUGUUGCUGCCUUGCACUUCACCAACAACCAUUUAGCAAAGGCAUGCUUGCUGCAUUCCCAGAAGCACCGUCAGGCUUUCACCAGCUUUUACGAAGUGGCAGUGCUGGCUCGCAUAGAAGCCAUUCUCUGCGCCCUGCUGCUGACGAUCACCAUGCUGAAGAUGGUGCAACAGCUGCGCUUUGUCCGGAGAUGGUCUGUGUUUGGGAAAACCUUCCAGCAUGCCUUGAGGGAGCUAGUGGCUAUCAAACUCAUCUUCCUCUUCUUCCUUCUCAUCUGGGCCAAGUGUGGCUGUUUAGCCUUCUCUUCAACUGUGGAAGAGUUCAGGACACUCCCGUGUGCCUUUUCAGCUCUGCUUUCCACUCUCUGUGGGAAGAUCACUUUCCUCCAGUCUUUGAUGCAGGUUUCCCCUAUCCUGGGGACAACAUACAUCCUAAGCUUUGGAGCUGGCGUGCUCUGGAUGGUGCAGAGCUUCCUUUGUGCCUCUGUCCUUAACAGUUACCGUACUGUCCAUUCCGAGAUCUACCAUCCAGCUAUUGAGCCUCAGGAUUACGAGAUGAUUGAGUUUUUGGUGAAAAGGUUGAAGCUGUGGCUAGGACUCAGCAAAACCAAAGAGUUUCGCCACAAGGUGAAAUUUGAAGGGAUGGACUCCCUGAUUUCCCACUCUUCUGGAAACUCCAAACCGUCUCGCCUCCCUUCUCCGGGCACCAACUUUCACUGUGCUACUGCAGCCAUUUCUUCCUUCAGCUCUGAAGAGCUGGUGCUUCCUGAGAGCCCCAUCCCUGAUCCUUGCAGUGUAGACUUUAACCUGGAGCACCUGCCAUCCGCAGUCAAUGAUCUCCUGGACGGCUUUGACAGGGUCCUAAAGCUGAUGGAGGAUGUGUGCCAUCUUGAGACCAGCUUAGAGGAGACUCAGAGGAGAAUCUGCAAGAAGAAGAAGGGGCAGAAAAGCCAUCCCAUGGAAAAGGUAGCAACACUCGCCUCAAGAACCAGCUUAGGGCUGCCGAGAACUUACAGCACCUUCUCAGAGUCUGCCUUAGCCAGGCUCAGAGCUCACCAUGUCAGGAUUUCCAGCUGCAGUGCCACUGAAGGGGGCAAGCAGCACCCAGCGGAUACCGUAUCGCAGCAAAGCUCAACAGGAUACAAGGUUCUGGUGGGCAACCCUCCAGCUUCAGGCCACAUCUUCCGAAGCACUCUUCCCUGGCCGGCCCAUUUGUUCAAAAAGAGACCCAGGAGUGAGGAAGGGCAGGGAUAUCCGUGUUGCGACAUGCUUCAGAGACAGAUCCCUUUAAAGAGGAGAGCGUGGCAGACCGAAGGAACAGGUGACAUGUAAACAACCUCUGUGUGGGUUUAACCGAGCACAAGAGCUGGUACCAGGUUGUUUUCCCUCCUCGUGCUUCACUCACAUAAUGCAACUCACUGGAGAAGUAGGGUCCAGAUUAACCUCCUUGCCUUUUGUUAUCUUUCAGGGUACUACAAAUUGGGUGAACUCUGCCUAGAAUGCCUUAAGUUUUCUGCACAGGUAGAAUUAUAGUGGUGCAUGUAAAGUACUUUGUAGUGUAUUACAUUAUUUACAAUCUAGCACAGUAGCUUUGCGCAAUCCUACUGUAUUUUUGUACUACUGUCUGGAAUGAAUUACCUACAAGGAAGGCUUUAGGACAGGCAUGGGCAACCUCAGGACAAGGGCCCAAAUGCAGCCUCCAGGCCUCUUUAUCAGGCUUUUCAAACUCUCUCCAAGCCACAUCUUCCUUACCAACUCUCCACCCUCCCUGGCCCUGCUGCACUCCUGCGUAUUUCUGCCUGACUGAAAUGCGUUCUUUCAUGCCUCUUGCUUGUCUGGUUAGAGGAUGUGUGUGUGUGUGUCAGUAUUCUAUGGGACAGUCUAAGGGAGCAGAACUUCUAGCUAGCUACAUUAAGCAUUACAUUCUUGAAGUGCUGCAAAAAUACAUCUGUAGUCACAGCCUUUGAAAACUUGUCAUGUCUGUAUUAAAACAAUACAUAUGUCCAACAUACUAUGCUUACUACCAAGUCCUUCAUUAGCCUCUGAGGGCAGGAGCCAGCAGAAGCCUUGCACAAAGGGGCCUCCCCACCUUCUCUCCUUGAAAUUGGCUUGGGGUUUGGGUGCGAGGACUUCCAGAACAGCAUAGUGGAAGGGGAUAUGCUUGUGCAGAUGGGGCAUUUGUAACAGUACAAUGCAAUCAGCAUUUUUCAUCAAGUUCCUGUAACUAGUUUCACAUACAGGAAAUAAUGGCAUCACCAGUAAUGAACCCUUCAUCGUAGG